AUGGCAUCUUCCUCUUUAACUCCUGUGAUGAAAAACGGAGCGUGUAGAAACUGGGCGGAGCUCCCGUAUGAAUUAACAUUAUCGAUCCUGCGCAGGCUCGACAUUGUUGACAUAUUGGUAAACGCUCAGAAAGUGUGUGUGUCAUGGCGUCGCGUCUGUAAAGACCCUGCCAUGUGGCGUAAGAUUGACAUGAGUAACCUAGAAGGCUUCGGGUACACUCUCGAAAGAAUGUGUCGUCACGUAGUGGAUCGUAGCCACGGAGGCUUGCUUGAGGUUGACAUUUCGAAUUUUGCUACUCAUUCUCUCCUCGAGUACAUUGCUGAUAGGUUAAACUCUCCUCUCGGCAUCACAUCCUAUUACUUGCAGAGUUGCAGGUCAAGUAGUCUGAGAAGCCUUAGAAAUUGUCAUCUAUCAAUGGACAACAGACUUGCCGAAGCAAUUGCGAAGCUUCCAUUACUUGAAGAACUUGACAUCACAUUCGGCACAUCCUUGUCUGGAAAGUCUCUGAAAGUUGUAGGACAGUCUUGUCCUAAUCUGAAGACGCUGAAGCUAAACCGCGAUCUAAGCAUGUGUCCUCGUGACCUGAGGGAUGAUGAUGCUCUAGCUAUAGCUGAAACGAUGCCUGGACUUCGCUUCCUCCAGCUUCUUGGAAGCUCAUUAUCAGACUUUGGUUUAAACGCCAUUCUUGAUUGUUGUCCGGAUCUGGAACAUCUUAAUUUACGUUGGUGUCACAACAUUAAACUUGCCGGAGAUCUGGAGAAGCGAUGUUCGGAGAGGAUCAAAGUUUUGAGACGACCUCGUGACUCGGCUGAUGAUUUCCCAUAUGCAUAUGCGUAUUCAUCUGGUGAUUCAUAUGAUGAUUAUGACCCUGAAGACUUUGAUUAUGAUUUUUGA